AUGGUACCGCCACGCAAGGAGAUUUAUACCUACGCGGCGCCUUGGACUGUAUUUUCAAUGGCUUGGAGUCGAAGACAGGACAAAACGUCCCAAUUCCGUUUGGCGAUUGGUAGCUACGUAGAGCAGUAUUCCAACGCGGUGCAGAUUGUGAAAAAGGUCCCCCAGCACGUAGAUAGUGACUUUGCCGGCGGUGGGUCCGCUUCGCUCUAUCAGGCGGGGUCGUUCGACCACCCAUAUCCAUGUACCAAAAUUUUGUGGAGUCCGGAUCAAUCACUCGCGGCGCCAGACCUGUUGGCUACGACCGGGGACUAUUUGCGGGUAUGGAACAUACGGGACGACGGCAGUGGACAAGGCACGGUGCAAUGCAAGAAGGAGUGCUUGCUCAACAACAACAAAACGUCUGAGUACUGCGCUCCGCUUACUAGUUUCGACUGGAACGAAGCUGAUCCGAACAUUGUAGGGACGUCCUCCAUUGAUACCACCUGCACAAUUUGGGAUAUUGAAACCCAAACGGCGCGCACCCAAUUAAUUGCGCAUGAUAGAGAAGUCUUCGAUUUGGCCUUUGCCCGAGGAAAGGACGUGUUCGCCUCGGUCGGAGCGGACGGGAGUGUUCGCAUGUUUGAUUUACGGAGCUUGGAGCAUUCUACUAUUAUUUAUGAGUCGCCCAAUUUGGAUCCUUUAUUACGGUUGGAAUGGAACAAGCAAGAUCCGAAUUACCUGGCCACCUUUAUGGUGGAUAGUCGAAGGACGGUCAUUCUUGACAUCCGUGUCCCUAGCUUGCCGGUUGCAGAACUUGGCGGUCAUUUAGGAUGUGUAAACGCUACGGCUUGGGCGCCCCAUUCUUCCUGUCAUAUUUGCACGGCGGGAGACGACAGUCAGGCCCUGAUUUGGGAUUUAAGUGCCAUGUCCAAAAGGCCUGUUGAAGAACCAAUUUUGGCUUACAAUGCGUCCGGAGAAAUCAAUAACUUGCAAUGGAGCGCAUCACAACCCGAUUGGGUGAGCAUCGCGUUUCACGACAAAUUACAGAUUCUCCGCGUCUAGGAAAAAGCACUAGAGACUACUGGAGAGCAAUAGACCGAAGUACGGCCCUGAUUCGACAAGAUGCCAAUGAACACGCCAUUGAAGUAUUCG